AUGACCGACGCGAUCCCCGUCGUUUCAUUCGAAAGGUUUCUCAAGGGCACUCGUGCCGAUCAGCAAGAGGUAGCGAAACAGGUCUACGAUGCCUUUUCGACUGUUGGAUUCAUAUACUUGAAAGACACGGGUAUAUCGCAAGCUAGAGUCGAUGAGAUUUUUGAAUUGGCCGAAACGUUCUUCUCGCUCCCCCUCGACCAAAAACUCAGUUACAAACUCUCGUCGGCGUCGACCAACCAAGGCUACACGGCCGACGGGGCCGAAGGGAUCAACGACCACAAAGAAUGCUACGAGCACCGCCGGUUCGCCAACCCGCUGUGUCCCUCGUCGACGGCGCUCCCGGGGUUCAAGGACACGCUGGACGGCUUCUACUCUGAAUGCCUGACGCUGUCGUUGGGGGUCCUCAAGUGUCUCGCCAUGGCGCUCGGCCUGGGCGACGACUUCUUCGCGCCCAUCACGGCCCACGCCGACCCGCAGCUGCGCCUGAUCCACUACCCGCCGCUGCACCGCGACGUGAUCGACGCGCAGGGCCACGCGCGCAUCAUGCCGCACACCGACUUCGGGCUGUGCACGCUGCUCUUCCAGGACGGCACGGGCGGCCUGGAGAUCGACCCUGCCCACGACGGCGAGUUCGUCCCCGCCCCGCCCGUCGCCGGCACCGUGCUGGUCAACAUCGCCGACAUGCUCCAGCGCUACACCAACGGCCGCGUCAAGAGCACGAGACACCGCGUCGUGAAGCCCGCCGCCCAGGACGGGUUCGUCGGCGACAUCUUGCCCGCCCGCUACAGCAUUCCGUUCUUCGUCCACCCGGACCCGGAGACCAUCAUCGACCCCAUCACCCUGACGGAGGGCGAGGUCAAGCUCUACGAACCCAUCAACGCGGGUGAAUGGAGGAUUUGGAAUACCACGAAAGAUUAUAAACUCAAGGACGACUCUGCAAACGGCGGAAGGGUGUUUCAGGAGAUGGGCGGCGUCGUCGAGGUCGCUACUUGA